AGAAGAAGAAGAAGAAGAAGAAGAAGAAGAAAAAGAAGAAUGCGUCAGUUAGGAGUUUAAGGACCCCGAUUCUGUUACCGUGCAGAAGAGCUUUUAGUAAUUUCUAAGACAGCUUUUUUUCGAGAACUGUGCUUUUAUUGUUGGUUUUCGACGUUUACACAUUUAAAAGAUGUCGUAUUUUGGUGGUGAUCCUAACUUCUGCCCAGAAUGUGGGAACAUUCUUCCUGUACCAGGAAUACAGGACACUGUCAGAUGCCCCCGCUGCGCCUUCUGCAUCCCUAUCACAGAUUUUUCCGGUCUGGAGAUCCACUCUACAGUCAUCUUUAACCCUGUGGAGCUGUCAUCAGUGGCUCUGGAGGACAAGGACUUUGACCUGAAGGGACCUGUUAUUGACAGGCGCUGCUCUCGUUGCAAUAAAGAGGGGAUGGUUUACCACACCAGACAGAUGAGAUCUGCAGAUGAAGGACAAACUGUCUUCUUCACCUGUACAAACUGCAGUGUUAUCCCCACUGGAAAGGACAUGAAGUUUGAGCUCAGCCACGAUCCAGUACAUCAGCCAACACCAGAGAUUGAGUUUCUCAGAGGACCCAGAGCAGAGAGACUGGGUUGAUAUGGGGCGACUCAGAGUUCACAGUUCCCCUAACCAUGUGUCAAGGAGGGCCCACAGCCUACAUCAAGGAAUGUUACAUUCUGUAGCAGGAGAGGAGGAAUCAUUCAGUUAAAUCCACAUCUGUCAUCCUCCAGCCAUGUUGAUAAGAGGAAACACCGAGCAUUGUUCCUCUGUGGCACAUGACUGCAAAGGAUUACGAGUCUUCUUUAGAGAAAGCUUGAUAAGUGAAUCUCUGGGCGUUGUUGUCUGGAUUUCCGUUAUUAGCCAUGAUGUCGUCUGUAUGAAAUCAACAUUGUUUUAAGAGAAAAAUGUUUUAUUCGCAAUGUCAUUGAGAAAUACUACAUUACCCACAAUCCUAAAGUGUAACAUCAACGUCUCUGGAGGAGAUCGCUGUUACCAUGGAAACGCUUACUUCACCCGCGAACUUUAUGUCGGCUAGUUAUGCUUUGUUCCAGUGUACUCGGAGCUCGGGCUUUGGGCUUUGUCGUUCCAUUAUACCUCAGAACUCGAAAUCAUAGACCUUCGAGUCUCAGGUUCCAACUUCAACACCAACCCCGGACACAGAGCUCCGAGAUGUAACUCUGGUGCACUUCUGGAACCGGAGCCUUGGAAAAAGUGGGCGGUCACUCACUGUUGCACACUAUUACUGAGCUCCUGUUUUCUUUUGCCUCAACACUAUUUUGUUCAUGUAUGAUAAAAUAGUGGCCGCACAACGACAAUUACUUUAGAAAUCCCAGACACGUGUGCUUUGGGCUCACUUUACCGUCUGCUGCACUUGAGCUCCUUUAAUCCAAAAACAUUGACCCAAACCGUUAUACAGAAUGUCAAACACAGAAUGACAUUAAAACUAGUUUAGCAAACUUUAUUGACACUAGGAAGGAUUUUUCACUAUGAAUCUAUACAGAACUGAUGUCACAGCAGUGAAUCCUUCAGUUCAAACUUCCAAACAUUAGAACAAGUUUACUGAA